AUGGCUAUUCCAGUGUCAGACACCAUUUCCCACAAGAUGCAUCGAUUAUGGGACAAAUGCAAAACAUAUCUACAGCAUCUCAAUCUGUUCCCGUCCAUGGAAUCCAUUACAGAUGCACAUCAAUUUCGAAAUGAAAUCAUUUCCACUCGAAUAUUUCUUGUUCUCUUCAUUCUAUCUUUGGCCAUUCUUCUUCUCUACACAUCCGUUGUGAAAAUCACGAAGACAGUCCGCGUGCCAGCACCUUCCUAUGAAGAGUAUGCUCGUCUCAAUUCUUCAUAUUCUCAAACAUUAUCCUGUCCAUGUCAAAAUAUCUCGAUUGAUUACAGAGACAUCCUUCAUGUCAAUUAUACAUUACAUCAAACAAUAUCGGAUAGUCUGAAUCGAUUCUAUUCGAAUCAAUUUGUUACUGCUUCUGUCAUACUCUAUGAUGUGUUCCAAUCUCAAGUUCAAGCGUUAAUCGAUCAAUUUCAAUUGUCAAUAAUUAAUGACUUUUCGUCAUCGCUCACUAUGGUUCGAGAAACAACUCAAGGCAAUGCUUUGCUUUCGAACUUUCUCGUCGGUUACACAAUACGUAUCGAUCGAUUUACAAGUUCUUUGGCAAUACAUUUGGCCCGAUUUGAUGAUGAUUGCAUUUGUCCCACUUCAAGUACCUGUGUCCGACAAUCUUCUAUUUACACUUAUCCAGUCUCUAUGCCUCUAUUUAAAGUACCGAAUUUCUACAUUGGAUGCUAUGUAAUCGAAUCAUUACUUCAAUCAACACUUCAGUGCUUCUACGAUCAAAAUUGUAUCGACACAGUUAUAUCGUAUGUGACAUAUUCUCCACCAAUCGCAGUAACAGCUCUGAAUUCAUCACUUCCCAGUAACUACUUAAUCAACACUACCUUCAAUGACAUUCUUCAAAAUUUAAUGAUCGAACAGUGGAAUUCGUCCGUCAACCAUGAAGAUUAUUACAAGCAAUGUCACCCUGCUGAAUGCACUUAUAUUUAUGAGACGAGGAAUGAUUUGCUUUACAUCAUUACAACGUUGAUUGGGUUAAUUGGCGGUCUAUCAACAGGUCUGAGGAUCUUGGUACCAUUCGUAGUGAAGCUGAUAAGACGAAAAAAGCGACAACAAAACACAUUCAACGUGUUAACUACUCGUGAACGAGUCAAUAUAUUGUAUGAAAAGUUAAAAUACUCGUUACAAAACUUCAAUCUGUUUCCGUCGAUUCCACCUUCAACUGAUCAGUACAAGCUUUGCAAUCAAAUAAUUUCCACUCGAAUAUUUCUUGUUCUCUUCAUUCUAUCAUUGGCCAUUCUUCUUCUCUACACAUCCGUUGUGAAAAUCACGAAGAGAGUCCACGUGCCAGUACCUUCCUAUGAAGAGUAUGCUCGUCUCAAUUCUUCAUAUUCUCAAACGCUAUCCUGUCCAUGUAAACAAAUCUCAAUUAGCUACAAAGCGAUUCUUGAUGUUAAUUACACAUUUCAUCAAAUCUGUACAAGUAUUUUCGUAUCUGAAGAAUGGAUUAAUACUAUACCUAAAGCUGAUCCGACGUCCAUCAAUCCAAAUGACUUCCGAAUGAACUUCAUAUACAGAUUUCGUGCACUUAGUGACUUCUGCACGUUGAGCAAUCAGACGAUUUCGAAUGCUCUAAAUCAAUUCUAUUCAAGUCAAUAUAUUAGAUCAUCUGUCACAUCGUAUAAGGUGCUUGAAUUACAAAUUCAAGCAUUGAUUACUGAGUUUAAACUCUUCACAAUCAAUGAUUUUCUGUCGUCUAUUUCGAUGAUACGCGAAACGACUCAAAGCAACUCUCUUACAUCAGGAACUUUGUCAAGUCAUGACUUUUUUACCGGACCAAGCGGAUCUUCAGUUAGUACGGCGCAGCGUACCUAUAACAACUGUAGUUGCGCUCACUCGGCUCAAUGUACUGAAUCGACUUACAUUUGGGAUAAUUCUACCGAUUUGCCGUCGCUUUUAAUACCUGGUUUCGAUGUCGGGUGCUAUACAGUUGAAGCACUACUCAAAUCAACACUAGAGUGCCUUUAUGAUCAGAAUUGUAUCGACACAAUUCAAUUGUACAUGUCGGACAAACGUCCAUCGAACAUAACAUUUUUGAAUAUUUCAUUAUCAAGCAACUAUCGCAUAAAUUCAACAGUAAACGAUCUUCUGAAAAACUUGAUGAUCGAACAAUGGAAUAUCAACACAAUGUAUGAAAUUUAUUAUGAGCAAUGUCAGCCAGUAGAAUGUGUUUAUAGUUAUGAGACGCAAAAUGCUCCUAUUUACAUAAUAACAACAUUAAUUGGAUUAGUUGGUGGUUUAGCAACAGUGCUAAAAUUGACUGUACCUUUGACAGUCGAGUUGGUGGCAUAUUGCAUUCGAAAAUGGAAAACGAGACGAGUGAAUCCAAAUAGCCGGAAUGAAGCACAAUAG